AUGAACAUCAAUAGCACCAUUCAACAGGUCGCAUAUACUCUAGGCUACGCAACGGAGUUACAGACCCACCUUUCCAAAGCUCUUAUGGCCCCUGGGACUGACGGGGAACGGCUGGCGGAUUGUGGAAUAGACUUGAUUCGUUCGUGUCUUUCGCAAUAUGGUUAUGAGAUGAAGAUUCAACCAAGCGAUAUCGCCGCAGUAAAGGAAAGGCUGUGUAGCUACGCUCAUCUUAGUUCAGUCGCCCAGCGCAUAAUGAUUGACAGGAUCGUUCCAUACGACUCGCAGUCCAGUGAAGAGCGUCACACUAUAGUCGGGAAGACCAUGGCAGCGGUUAUUGCAGCCGCACAUCUCGACUGUGGGGGAAGCUAUCCACGUACGUGGCAGAUAUUGGUGCAUAUAGGCUUCUUCACGCAGGAGGAUAACGCGGUGGAUCCAACACUGUUCCUGGCCAGCAUAAAUAGGUAUCCACAUCUGCCUAUUGGACGUUCUGGGAACGAUGACAGCUGUGCCACGAUGGUCGAUUUACUACCAAACACAGUACAAGAUAGCAAGUCCAAACGAUCUGCGAACAUCUCAUUCGAUAGUCAACAAAAGAUAAAGCAAGGUCGACGGCAAAGGUACAAUUCAAUGGUAUGCUUCCUCGAGGAAGAAACCAUGAAGUGUCACGCGAAAUGUCUUCGGCCCCCGCAGGAAUCGUACUUUACCGCAGAAAUCGAGAUGGCCAUCCAAAACCCAGAUCUGAAACAAUGGGAACAGGUUUCCAAACGGCUAAUAUUAGGUUCUGGCAGCUCGCUGUCAGUUCUAUUCCUAAAGGAGGCAAUUCAAACCUGGCGAGCGAGGGCCGACAUGCCUCAUCUGCAGAUCUCUAAACAUUCAUCGAAGGCAGAGACAUAUGCCAACAUCUCCCUCAUAGACCAGAGAAUCACGGGGCUGAAUUUAUUUCGAAGAUACCACAUCUCACACUUAUUCGAAGCAUGUGGUGGACAUGAGACACCAUCAGUUUCAAGGUUUAUUGCAAUCCCAGCAUUGAACGCUUCGGGUAUCAAACGGGCUGGCAAUCCCCUCAAGAAUGCAGAGUCAGAAAUGACCACAGCGAUGAUGAAGAAAAUGCUUCCUGGUCUCGAACCAGGGUCGUCAGAGUAUAAGAAGGGGUACAAGGAUGUUAACAACCUUCGAUUACUUGCACGGAGAUUUCACACCCUACAGGAGCAUUUCGGCAAGGGUAUUCUUGCAUUGAUACCUUAUCCGCAGCAUCCCCACCAGCCAGGUCUGGAGUUAUCUGACAAUAUGCUCUCCAAGGUGCCGGAAUGCAUCUUUCCCCAAAUCGUUUCAAUCCUCAAUCGUUCCCAAGGAAACUAUCUACGGGCACUGAGCCAGGCAGCUGGGCAGAUUAUAGAGAUGAUGCUUUACGAACCUCAAGAACUCUGUCCUGUGCUCCAGCUCGAGACAAUAGGCAACAGCUACAUAUUGGAACAACCAAAAGAUCUACAUACCAUCCUUCCUCUUCUCACUUGA